AUGGCGGACCUCGUGGUUGGCAUGGCCAAGUCGGUGGUGGAGGGGACGCUCGGCAAGGCCCAGGCGGCGAUCGACCAGGAGGACAAGUUGCGGCAGAGCGCGCAGCGCAACCUGGUGUUCAUCGCCGGCGAGUUCCAAAUGUUGCAGUCCUUCCUGCAAGUCGCCGACGGCGCGCGCCUGCAGAACGUGGUGGUGAAAACAUGGGUGAGGCAGAUCCGCGACCUCGCAUAUGACGUGGAGGACUGCAUCGAGUUCGUUGUCCACCUCGACAGGAGGAACCGCUGGUGGCUCCGCUUGCUCCAGCCAGUUCGCUGGGUCAUGCCCUGCUUGGCACCGCUUCAGCUCGACCAGGCGGUCGACGAGCUGGACCAGCUCAAGGCGAGGGUGGAGGACGUGAGCAUGAGGAACGCCCGCUACAGCCUAAUCAGCGACUCCGGCUCCAGGGCAGAGCAACAGCCAGUGUCCGACGGCGCGACGGCAUUCAACAGGCUCAUCAAGGCCACGUGGCAAGGCAGCCUCACCCAGCUGCUCGUCGACACAGAAUGUGGUGAUGACGUUGGUGUAAUCUCGGUGUGGGGCACAGGUCGUGGAGAUCUUGGGACGACAUCCAUCCUCUGGAGCGCCUAUACUGAUCCCCGAAAGAACUUUGCCUGUCGUGCUUGGGUGAAGCUCGGGCACCCAUUUAAUCAAGAUGAGUUCGUGCGGUCCCUUAUGGCUCAGUUCUAUUCAGACACUUGUCAUCAAGAAGAAGAAAAAGAAAUCCUACCUGUAGAGAAGAUGAAGGCCGGGCAAGGCCAUCUCCUUGACGAGUUCGUGCGGUAUGUCAAGGAGAAGAGGUUUCUCAUCGUCCUGGAAGACCUGUCCAGCAUGGAACAGUGGAAUACUAUCAAGACGUUUUUUCCCAAGAGAAACAACGGCAGCUGCAUCGUCGUGUCUACACAGCAACUCGAGGUUGCAAGCUUGUCCGUGGGACAUCCAUACCAUGUGAGGCAGCUAUCAACUGAGCAUUCUGUCUAUGCCUUCUUCAAAAUGGGAGGGGAGGGGGAAGUGGGGCAGGGGCAGGAGGUAAAUAAUCCACCCGACAGCACCGGUAAAAAGGUAGCAGCCGAGAAGUGGAUAAAGGACCAUGGCCUUGUAGGGCGUGAGUCAGCAGUCAAGGAUCUUUACAUAAUUUGUAGGAAAGAGGCAUUCGGAGUCUACCAAGUUAUGUCGGUGUGGGGGAUAGCCGGAAUUGGAAAAUCGGUUCUCGUCAAGCACCUGUUCUGCCAAAAAAUUCUUAGGAGCAGGGUGUAUAACAAGUAUGCUUGGGUGGAAUUAUCCCAUCCUUUUGAUUUAUGGGACUUCUGUCGGAGCUUACUUUUGAGUUUUGAAUCACAAUACCUUCAAGCGUCGAAUGCCAAACAUGGUACAAUGGGAAGCGAAAACCCUGUUGCAGAGUGUCGUGAGAUGCUGAGAUUCUCGUGCUUCAUCGUUAUUGAUGGUCUGAAGUCCACGGAAGAAUGGGACAUGAUAAAAAAUGAAUUGGCAUAUGAUCAAGAUAAUCGGACCGUCAUUGUCGUCAUUACCACUGAUGAAAGAAUUGCCACACAUUGCCGUGGAUCUAAAGGACCACUCACUUAUCAUGUUAAACCUAUGGAACCUGAAGCAGCACUGCAACUGUUCAAUGAGAAAUCUAUGAUGGAAACGUCUGAGUUUUCGGUACUUGAGGAACUUCUUUCGAAAUGUGGCGGAAUUCCCAGAGUUAUAGUAGAAAUAGCUGGCUCGAUUGCCAGAAGGAGAGUUCGAAUUAAGGAUCGGGAACGUUAUAUCAAUGAUAACUUUGUGCAAGAGUUGGAAACUAAUAGAGAGUUUGCCCUUCUAUCGGGUCUAUUUUAUUGGGUGCAGUCCUACUUCCGCAACUGCCCAGAUUCCCUCAAGCCAUGUAUCUUCUACCUGUCAAUCUUCACUCCAAAACAGCUCAUUCGUCGGAGGCGCCUAGUACGGAGGUGGAUUGCAGAGGGUUACUCCAAGGAUAACCAUGACAAAACUGCGGAAGAGAACGGGGAGGAGCAAUUCUCCAACCUCCUCAAUCAGAGCAUAGUCCAGAAGGGAUCCUCAGUGGUGUUGGGUGCUACAAGGAUGGUCUCAUGCGAAGUAAAUGGUUUUUUCCGGGAGUACAUCGUCUCAAAACGAAUGGAAGAGAACCUUGUGUUUGAACUGGAUGGCAGUUGUGCCCCUACCACCCAGCGCACAGGGCGUCACCUUGUCAUAUCAGAAAGCUGGGUCAGGGACGAAAUUGUCUAUAACAGCAUUGACUUCUCCAAACUACGGUCACUAACAGUGUCCGGAAAAUGGGAAAAAUUCUUUAUCUCUGCAGGUAUGAAGCUGCUUCGGGUGCUUGAUCUAGAGGAUGCAUUACAUGUAGAGUACAAUGAUCUUAAGAAGAUUAUGAAGUGGUUUCCUCGCCUGAAAUUCCUCUCACUUCGAGGACACAAUGAAAUCUGUCAACUACCAAGUUCAAUAGGUGAUCUGAGGCAGCUCCAGAGUCUGGACCUGAGAGGCACGUCCAUAGUCACCCUGCCCGCGAGCGUCACCAAGUUAGAGAAGCUGCAAUACAUCCGUGUCGGCACCACUACUCCAACAGAGGCACCUCGCCUUCCAGUGUCCCGGUUGUCCCAUUACAGCAGAGGUCGUUGUCACUUGGUUGGCAUUCAAAUGCCUCAAGGAAUCCGGAAACUGACGCCGUUGCACACACUUGGUGUUGUCAAUGUUAGAUCUUCAGGGAUAAAGAUCUUUCUGGAAGAUCUCAAGAAGCUUACCCAACUGCACAAGCUUGGAGUAUCCGGUAUCGACAAGAGCAACAGGAAAAAGUUUUGGUCUGCCAUCUCAGUUCAUACCAGCUUGGAAUCCUUGUCGGUGCAGUUCGACAAGAACUCUAGUCAAGGUUGCUUCGAUGGCAUUGCCCUGCCUCAAAACAGCCUGCGGAGCCUUAAACUGUAUGGACUUGGAGAGGGACAGCUUAGCAAGCUCAUAACCCCUGCGGUAAGCGGUUUAAGCAAGAUCGCAAAGAUGAACUUGGAGAUGGCCAUGUUGAAGAAACAGGACGUUAACUCCCUCGGCGAGCUAUCAGAAUUAUGUAUUCUCCGCCUUUGUUUCCAGGAGCUUGAAGGAGAUGAGCUCAAGUUCUGUACCACAGCGCAUUGCUAUGAGGUGAACUCUUAUUUGAAGCUCAAGGUCCUUGACAUCACUUGCAGCAGCGUCUCCGGCUUACCUAUAGUUUUUGGGUUAAAAACUAUGAAGGAACUAGAGCAGCUUAAGGUUGAGUGGUCCAGCGAGUCGUCAGAUCAGUUCUCUGGCCUAAAGAAUCUACCUGAACUAAAGGAAGUCUUGCUCAAUGGUUCACACAUUGAAACAUCCGAUUGUAGCGUCCUUGCCGAGGAUUUCUCCACGAAUUUGGGACUAGGGUGGAUUUGA